AGAACUGUCGUCAGUAGUAUGGUUGGUAGUCACUGUCGGUGUAGUCGUUGCAGUGGAAGGAACGAAAGAAGUAACUAAUUGUAAUUCUUUAAUCAUAUUGUUUUUCUAUGAUUGUUUAUUUUGAUAUUUGACAAUCAUUUGUGAAAUUGAUCAACAUUUUAACAACACAUAAAAUCUCCGUUUUAAUAAUUACUAGUGAUAGAUGUGUAUGACUGAACAAUCUAAGUGAAAAAAAUUUUUGCUUUGUAAAUAAUACAUUAUGGAUAUCAAGAAAUUGCAAGAAUUCAUGGAACUGGUAGGCAGAUUGAAGAGGUAUUGGCAUAUUCCUUAAAAUAGAAUAUAAAGAAAGGCGAAGUUUGAAGGCCUGGGGCGACCGCCUAUCCUUCAUUACUUUCGGCUAUGGAAAAGCAGGUAUCAACACUUUAAGGCGCCAUAAAUUAAACCUUCAUCUGCAUUGUAUGAAGACCAAUGGUCCCAACAUCUUACGAUUGCGAUUACCUGAAUUCUACAAUAGGAAAAGGUAGCGAAACUGUGGAAGGAUACAGAAAGCUAUGUUCUCUCCCUCGCUAGAACAAAAGCUAGCGGGUUCUGACCUUUUGCGCGGCUGCGACGCCGAGGCAUAUGAAAAGAACAGGAUGGGUUCAUAAGAAUGUGUCUGACCCAGAAACAAUCGCAGGUCACAUGUAUAGGAUGGCCAUACUUUCCUUCUUGGUGAAUAAUGACGAGAACUUAGAUACAGUCAAGAUCAUGCAGAUGUCUUUAAUACAUGAUUUAGCAGAGUGUAUUGUGGGAGAUAUAACACCUCAUUGUGGUAUUCCACCUGAUGUAAAACAUAAAUUAGAAGAUGAAGCUAUGGAAAACAUUUGUAAACUCCUUGGAGACAGAGGACUUACGAUAUUGGAAAUAUUUCGUGAAUACGAGAAGCAAGAAACCCCAGAAGCAAAAUAUGUUAAAGACUUAGAUAGAUUAGAUUUAAUUAUGCAAGCAUAUGAGUAUGAAAAAAGGGAUAAUAUUCCUGGAAAAUUAGAGGAAUUCUUUUCGGCAAAUGGAAAGAUAGGACAUCCUUUUAUCAAGAAACUAGCAUCUGAAAUUACUGCAACAAGACAGGCUCUAUGUAGCAAUUCAACUAGUUCAAUAUAAAGUUUUAUCUGUUUGUUAUGAAGCAAAACAUUAUAAAUUUCAUAAUUGUAUUUAAUAGCUAUAAUAUAAUAAUAUAAUAUUUUGAUGGAAAGUAAAGAUAAAUAUGUUUGGAGCUACUACUUCAAAUAUAUUUCCAAUUAUACCACAUAGUGGUAUUUUUCUUUAUUUUCUAUGAAAAUAAAUGUCUAUAAAUAUUUUAUUAACAAAUUUUUUUAAUAGCAAUAUUUAUAACAAAUUUAAUUAAUAAAACUUACAAAGUAUUAGAUCACUGUGACAGAUACUUUGAGAUUUAAUAUCAAAUAAUAAAAAAAAUUGUACCUUAAGCUUAUCAUAUAUUCAAUUUAUCCAUUAAUCUACUAUGAAUGGCAAAUAAAUUGUGCUAAUUAUCGUACGAUAAAUUGCAAAUAUGCAGACACAAUAAAAAAGAUAAGAUAAUUAUAACUUUUAAUGAAAAUAAACAAAGAUAUAAAAAUCGAUAAGAUAAAGAAAA